AGGGGGCCUGGGUGUAUCUAAAUUUGGAGCAAGCAAGACAAGACGACCCCGGCGAAUUGACGCGGCGAGAGUGAAGCGCGGCGAAAACGGCACACUGUGGCAUUGGCAAUGGCAGCAAUUGUCGCCCGCCUUCAGUGUGUGAGUCGCGAUAAACGCGAGCGAAACGACCAGCGCGGCGCAACUAAAAACCUCGUACCGACAACGCACACUAGCACACCAAAACCAUAUACAUAUACGGGCGAGAGAGCGCAUGCUCUCCGCCACACACACGUUGUUUUUUGUUCGCUUUUGUGGCGCCGCGCGAGUUUUGUCGCAGCAGCAAACACGCAAUAAAAGUUCAAAAACAGUUGAAGUAUACCGCGACGCGAGUAAAAAUCUUUCCUUCGACGUCGUCGCUGUUCGUUUGUAGUUGUUGUUGUGCGUCUGCUUUUCCGCGAAUUUUCGCGUGCAUUUAUAUAUAUGUGUAUAUAUAUAUGACAGACGAAAGGUAAAAAAAAAAACUUAGAACGGUGUAAACGCAAAAGUUAAGAAAAUGUGUGCCAAAUAUCUAGGAAACCCCCUCUUAUUUUUUUUUGUUUAAAUUAAUCCGCAUAUCAUGGUGUGCGGCGGCUGCAAGUCAUUUAUUUUCGCUCGCCGAGAAUCUUGCUUGCUCCAAAAAAAGUAUACAUCCAGAAAUAAGCGGAAAUUUGAAUGUUAUACGAUGACUGCAAACGGACAUUGCAACGGAAAAGGGAGGAAUUCGGAAAAUUAAAUACCGGGGAAAAGCUACUCAAACCGGACAUUGCAACGCAAGAGAAAGGAAUUCGGAAAAAAACUACGCAAAAGCGUCAGUUAAGUGAUAAUGAAUGCAAUGGAAUCGUUGAAGAGCCAAUAUUCCUAAAUAUAACAAAAACGAGAUAUUUUUCAUUGUUGGGGUCAAGUAGAAGAGCAGCCCCUUUUCACAAACAAGAAAUUCCCAGACUGCUGAUGACUUCUAAGAAGUUGAACCAAUAUGCCAAUGGCUGUAACAAAAUGUAGUUACUUUACUUUUAAGUCUGGACUGAAUGUAUUCUAUUAUCAUACAAAUUAAGUGUAUCAGCUAUAUUGUUUUAUGAAAAAAAGGGCUACAUGCUCUUAAAUAGAAAAUGUUUGAGAAACUGUAUAUGUAUAUUACAUGCAUCGUUGGAUGUUAGAAAAAAUGAAUAAGAAUCUUAGUCAAACGUUUCAUAGAAAUCAAAAUAAAUGGUUUUCUUAUGCACAAA